GCGCCCUCUUCCGUCUGGUACGCGGUAAAACUUGAAGUUACAUAACUGCAGUUUUCAAACAAAGACGAAUGUGUUUGAGCUACAUUUGUGUCCGGGGAAAUAUAAACAGACUAAUCAGGAUGGGACGUCCCACUAAGAAAUCCACAGAUACAGCGCAGACAUCAACAAAGAGAAAAGCAUCUGGUAAAUCAGAUGAAGAACCAAAGAAGAAGACAAAGAAGAGUACAUCAGAUGCUGAUAAGAAACCAACAGAAACAGCCAAGAAAGAAGCCAAGACAACUUCAGGACCAACGGCAUUUGAGGAGGAGGUACGCCAGAGAGAAGGUUACACAGCACCCAUGCCAAAACGAAACAAAAAGGGAGAAUGCAUCUUUGAAGACUGCCCAGAUAUCUACCCUAAUAUGACGCCAGCAGAGAUACUGCAAGCAGGUAGCUUUGGUGGGACUUACUAUCGUCCCAUCAAAUCAGGUGUCACAGGUGAGAAGUACUCUGGAGUAUGGAAAGAACUGCCUCAAGACUGGCUGGAAGGUAUCAAUAUAGCAAAAAAGGUAUCAGCAGCAACUUAUAACACAGAAGUCAACACAUAUAAAGUCAAGUGUGGAGGAGACUUAAACAUGUGGGAGAGCAGUGGUUGGAUGCGUAAACAAGACCCCUAUGGCUGGUUCCAAUGGUAUUGCAGAUUCUACUUGGGAAGACGCAGUGAUGAUGAUGAAAGACAGAUAGGUCGAUGGUCAAGAUGUGCUGGGUUCAAAGGUCGCUGGAGGAACAACCUUAUUGCAAAGUGUGUACACAGCGGGAAUGCCUAUGACAACUUUGGUGUUUCACCAGUAGUAAGGCAAACAUUGCAGCAUUGGGGAUAUCGGUUAAACAAGGAGGAUUUUGAUAAAGGCGCAAAACGAGUCAAGUAGAUCUUGAUAAAGACUGUAGACAGUGAUUUUGUAUUUCUUUUUACUAUUCCUCAUACAAGUGUGUUGGAGGUUACACUAAGAAAUUGGUCCAUAGUAGAAUAGUACCCGUACAAUAAUAUACUAAUACCUGUCGGUCAGAAAUGCAGGAUUUACAUUUCAUAGCACAGGGAACAUUGACUGACGACAAAUGUGUGGGCUCUCAUUGACACAAGUCUGUACGAAUCAUGAAGAGAAUUUCUUGGCAUGAUAGUAUGGUAUCUGUCAAUGUGAGAUGAAUCUUCAAAAAGAGCAUAACCGUGGAGUGUUGGAACUUGACUGGUUGGGUGGGUGGUAUCCCGUAGAAAACUGCUGUAGCAAAACACACAACAUGUUUGCGUAGUGUUUUCAAAGAUACCUUCUUUAAAUAUUUUUAAGAAAUCAAUUUUGCUGUACUUUAAUAUUUUAUGAUUAUGUCCCAAAUUUCACAAUAACCAUUUUGUUGUAACAGUUUCUAAGUAAAUUCAUGUGUGUGUUAAAGUCAGUGAAAGUGAAAGGACUUGUUUAAGUUUAAGUUAAUUUCCACCUGACAGCUAGUGUAUUUAUUAACAUUUUUUACAGUAAACCACUAAAUACUUGUAUGUUUAUUUGUAUUGGCUGGUAAAACAAUAUUUAAAAGUUUCUUUUAACAAACUUCAUAAAAGUGUUCUACCUGCCAAUACUAAAGUGUUUCCAUCUGAAAUGUCGCCAAGUUUGAGUUAAUUUUACACAUUUGAAAAUGCACAAUAGUCUUGAUGAAAACCUGGCUUUAUAGCAAAGGUUUUUAAACUAUGUUGUAUGCUGUUGACUAUACUAGAUUGGUAUUUAGCGUUUUUAUUUCCCAAAACCAAUAGAACACCACUAAGUGUGCUUUGUUUUAGAAUAAAAGGUUUUUAUGCCAUUUUGACCAUCAUGUGUGAAUUAACAUAAAUUUGUCGUUAUGGCUCCGUGUUUUAAAUUGUGAGCGUGAAUAAAACUUAUUAGCAGCUGACCUGCAAUUUGUCAAAUUUAUUUAUCAUACUUUGGAUUAUUAUUUUGACUUCUCCCAAUUAUUUGUUAAUAAAACACAUUGUUGCACACGGUUAACAUAGGAUGACAAUU